GUUUAACAUGGGGGGAUACAAGUAUGUCGUAUUCAGCGAAUCUGUAGGUUGUUUGAACGUACAAGCUUCAAAGCACGCUGCACGCCAUCUCAUUCUCCUUCUCAGAAGUCAGAAUGGCUCCCUCCGCCAUCAACCGAUGGCUACGACCCGAGGUUUACCCUCUCUUCGCCGCCAUAGGAGUAGCCGUCGGGAUCUGCGGGAUGCAAUUGGUCCGCAACAUCACCACCAACCCUGAAGUCAGGGUGACUAAGGAAAACAGGGCUGCUGGUGUGCUGGAAAAUUUUGCAGAAGGAGAGAAAUAUGCUGAACAUGGUCUCAGGAAGUUUGUUCGCAACAGGUCUCCUGAGAUUAUGCCAUCUAUCAAUGGCUUCUUCACUGAUCCUAAAUGAAGAUUCAUUCCUAGAGGCAAAACUAAAAAAUGUUGGAUGAUUAUGCAAUUUCCAUUUUUUCUUUAACCUUAGCAAAUUCCAUUCUUUCCAAAUAUUGAACUACAAGUGAUUGGUUGAAAUCAUUGAAUACUCAAAUUUGAAUAAAUGUACAAUUGAUGAGAGAUGUAUUUGCA